UUCGUCGGUGGGCGGGGCUUAGCCGCGUAGCUGCCUCUGGGCCUCAGCCUCCGUCAUUUCCAAAGCGGAUCGUUUGUUGUCAAAAUGGAGUUUCUACUUGGAAACCCUUACAGCACGCCCGUGGGCCAGUGUAUAGAGCGAGCCACAGACGGAGGCCUGCAGAGCGAGGACUGGACUCUGAACAUGGAGAUCUGCGACAUCAUAAACGAAACGGACGAGGGGCCGAAAGACGCCAUGCGGGCCCUAAAGAAGAGGCUGACUGGCAACAAGAACUACAGGGAGGUCAUGCUGGCGCUGACGGUGUUGGAGACGUGUGUGAAGAACUGCGGUCACCGGUUCCACGUCCACGUGGCCAACAGAGACUUCAUUGAUGGCGUCCUGGUGAAGAUCAUCUCCCCCAAAACCAACCCUCCCACAAUUGUGCAAGACAAAGUGCUGUCCCUCAUACAGUCCUGGGCCGAUGCCUUCAGGAGCAGUCCCGAUCUCACCGGCGUGGUCCAUAUCUACGAGGAGCUGAAGAGGAAAGGCGUCGAGUUUCCAAUGGCGGACCUGGAUGCGUUGUCUCCCAUUCACACGCCACAGAGGGGCACACCUGAAGUGGACCCGGCUAUGAUGAAGUACCUCGCCCCUAACCCGUCGGCUGCUGGCCCUCCUAAACCCAGCCAGCCGGCUCCCACCGCCGCGCAGGCCUCCAGCAUCCCCAGCCCCGUCGCUGUGAGCCCUGAACAGAUUGCCCGGCUGCGGAGCGAGCUGGACAUCGUGAGAGGGAACAUUAAAGUCAUGUCGGAGAUGCUGACAGAGCUGGUCCCUGGCCAGGAAGAUGCUCCUGAGCUAGAACUGCUCCAGGAGCUGAACAGAACGUGCCACGCCAUGCAGCAGAGAGUGGUGGAGCUGAUAAGCCGCGUGUCCAACGAGGAAGUGACCGAGGAGCUGCUGCACGUCAACGAUGACCUCAACAACAUAUUCCUGCGAUAUGAGAGGUAUGAGAGGUACAGGACGGGCAGGGCUGCACAAAACAAUGGGAUGUUAGCUGAGGCUACAGAGGAUAACCUCAUAGACCUGGGCCCGGGCUCCCCCGCUGUGGUGACACCCAGAAUCGUGUCCAGCCCUCCGUCCGCCUCCGUCCCCGGAGCCGCAGCCUCCACCACCCACAACCCUUCCACAGCUUCCAUAUCCACGGCACUCGCUACUCUUGAUGUAGGUUCUGACGGUGUGGGCGGCACCCAGACGUCUCUGUCGGGCGGCAACAAGGAUGACUUUGACAUGUUCGCCCAGACCAGGAGCAGCUCACUGGCUGAACAACGCAAAAAUGUAAAAUAUGAAGAACCCCAUGCUCUGGGAGGCCUAGCUUCAGCUUUGGAUGUAAGGCAACAAAACACAAGUGGGCUGAGGGUAAAAGGGGAUGAUAACCCAGCAGAUCAGGAGCUGCCCAUAGACAGCUGGCUUAUUACCCAAGGAAUGAUCCCCGUAUCGCAGUCCUCUGUCAUGGAUGACAUAGAGGAGUGGCUCUGUGCUGACGUGAAAGGAGAUGCUGCCGAGGAGGGAGUGACCAGCGAAGAGUUUGAUAAGUUCCUGGAGGAGCGAGCUAAGGUAGCAGACACUCUGCCGUCUCCCCCCGGAGCUCACCCUCCUCACCCUGUCCGUCCCCCCGCUGGCUCCCACAAGAAGGCUGAACGGACGGAGGAUGCCCUCUUUGCCUUGUAGACUGUUUUGUUUUUUUUAGCAAAAAUUAGCUUCUCCCACAGGGGAAACCGGAAGGUCAUCCUAAACAUUUCCCCUCCAAAACAGCUCUUCUAGUUCCAUUUUUACCGCUGACUAGAUGGAAGUGGUGUGGCGAGUGAGCUCCACCUCCUUGCCCACACCAGUUGAGGUUGAAGGUGUUUACUGCACCACUCUGCCGUGUUGCAUUUUACUACAAAUGGAUGUAUAAAUCUGUUAACGUGGGAUGUACAACUCGCAGGCCUGCAGCUCAUUUGCACCGAUCCCACCGAAUGAAGACAACCUAAUUCGUCUCAUUUGGUGUAAGAAUGUGGUAUAUUACUGCUAACAUGAAUAGCGUAAGUGCAAGCUCAUGCAUUGAAGUUUUAUGGAAGACUGCAGUUAGAAUAAUGUUAUUUUUUACUACAUUCAGCUAAUUGCAUAUAUAUGCAUUUCUUAUUCUAAUGGUUUGAUCUGUACUAUGUACUAGAGCGGUGGUUGCGGUUUGUCAAUUAUUUGUUUAAUCAGCAAAUAUUCCAUUCGAGAGUUCUGGUUUGUCUUUUAAUGGCAAUAAUAAGUAACGAGGAUAGAAAAGCUGUAUUACCUUGCUUAUCAAUAACACUGCAAAGAAAAGGCUGAUUUAUUAUUAAAGAGGAAUAUCCUGUAAAAUCAUGUUUCAUCUUGGUAAAUGGAACAUUCACUGUAUUCCUCUAAACAAAGGGAACAACAAUAAAUGGAAACUCAUUAUUGCAUUUUUCAAACAGCUAUUAAGGGAAGAAAAAUGCUUACAUUUUGUGCAUCUUUAAAAACAAAAACGUAAAAUGGAAACUGCAACCAGCUUCAAGCACCUUUAGCCAUUCCAAAGAGUAUCAAGGCUUUAAUGACCAACUAGGAUUUUUAUUUAUAUAUUAAGAAUAUAUAUGAAGUUACAGUAAUACAGUCCAUGGUGGUCUGUGCGUGUUUUGGUGGUUGAGGGAAAAUUUUGUUUUAUUUUCUUUCAAAAUUUCAAAUGAUAAAAACAUAACAAUCACAGGCAAAGCAAUUUAAAAAAAGAUUGGCCAGUUUUCUUUCAUAUUCCAACACCCUGUAGGCCUCAACUUGCACCACCAAAGAUGUGUAUCUGGUAGGGGUGAGUGUUUUAUGGCAUCAGCUUCACAAUCUUAGAUUAGAUUAGAUUCAACUUUAUUGUCAUUACACAGGUACAAGGCAACGAAAUGCAGUUUAGGUCUAUCCAGAAGUGCAAUAGCAGCAUCUCAACAAAAUAUGGGGAAGGGUUUCAUAUGCAUUUCAGUAUUAACUCAUCAAAGUUUUAAAUAAGUGCUCGUUUUGUAUGUUCUCCAUCUAUAUUUGUAGUGCAAAAAUGUGUGGGACACCUUUGACGUCCAGCGCCACCUACAGUCAGGGAAUGAAUUACAUGCCUGUCUAGACAGGAACAGAAGGGAUCCGGUUAUUUAGGUUCUCUUCUCCUGGCAUUUUAUGUUUUGAUUUUUAAAUAUGAAAACAAAAUUCUAACUGCUUUAAGAAAAAUAAAAUCCUGCCAAAGGAUUAGAGUAAACAGCCCCUCGCAGCCAGUAUAUGGAGAAUUGCCUGUCUACAGACAUGAAAAAAAAGGGACAAUUUGCAGUUUAUCUUUGCCAGUGAUUAAUAUUUUAUUAACGAAAAGAAAAUCAAACCAAAUUAACAUUUCUGCUCAUCUGUUAUUGACCACAAAAAAAAAAAAACAGAAAUACUGCUUGUUUUUCAGUUAAAAUUUUUGUAAUUUAAAACCAAAAUAGAAACUCCAGUUUUUUUUCCUAUUAGUUAUGUCUGAUAAGAUCCAAUUACCAAAACAUGCAUGGACACCUAGGGUAUGUACAUUUUACUUUAUCAACUAUAUUAUUGUAUGUGCACUUUGAUGCAAAAACUACAUUUCUUUGUCUUUUGCAUUUGUAAAGUUUGUAUUUUUUCAGGGGAUGGGGAAAAAGUCCACUUUGCAUACCACUUUUGUUUAUUUAUCAUUUCAUUUCAGCGCUUAUUUGAGUUCAUACAGGAUAUCAAGUUUAGGAUUGAGAAGACGACAGCAUUAAACAUUUACAUGGGCAAAACAUUAUUUUUAUGAUCAGUGUUUGUAGUUCUGGCUUUAAAAUGGCAUAAAUGACAAAAGUAUUGAGAUUACAAUGAUGCACGCUUUUAAAAUACGCAUUCUCGUUGAUGGAUCCCCCGUGUAUUUAAUGCUAUAAAAUCUGUUCACCUCAAAAAUACUCUCCUGAUUUAUUCGUUCUAAUUUAUUCUCAACCUUAUUUUAUAGCUGAUGUAUCUUUUACAACACUGAGUGCGGUUAGAAGCGGGUGUUCAUCCUGGCAUCGUCUUUCGGAACUUGCUGGAGAGGUCUAUCCAUAAUUUUGCUCUGGUGUAGACAGAAAAAACAACAUCAAACAGUCCAGUCUUCAUCUGACCCAUUUUUACUUUAUUUAUUCAUUCACCUGCCCCCCUCCCCCCAAAAUCAACUGCAAAAGCUUUAUUAACUUGGCACAAAUAACUUUGGUCAUUGGGAUAAUUCAUGAUUUGUCCUUUUAUUUUCAAAGUAGCCAUGUUUCGAUUGAUAGCUUUUUCUCUCCAUAUAAUCCUUGUAAUAUUUGAAUGUAACUUAGUUCAGAUAUAAUGUUAAGCUUUAUUUGGUAUUGAUGCUGUGUUGUUACAACUGUUUAACAUAGUUGGCAGGUAUUUUUUUUACUCUUACCAUACAAGUUGCACAAUAACAAAUAGGCCUACUAAGAACGUUUUCAGAGAUUACUUAAAACAAAACUUCAGCUAUUUUCAGUAUUUGUGUGUUGCAAGUAACUGGAUCGGUAACAGUUUAUUUUUGUUUGUUUGUUUUUGUUUCAUUGAAUACUGCAAAAUUCAUUCCACGGAUGUCUUAGCUAUUUGGUUACUGAAUGUCUUAAUACACAAUGUAGUCAAGAGUUUGGACAUCUCAUGUGUUCGACGCCUGUUUGGCUGUACCUUACCGUCUGCUGCCAUUACUUACAGUUGGAUUCGCAUUUGAUCCGAUGCUCAUGUGUGACUGCCCAAUAAAACACUUGCAACGUGUGACCUCUA